UACUUUCAGUUGAUGGUUUUGUUGCAGUUGGAGAUCUUUUAAGAAGGAAAGCUUGUUCGUGCUUGUUUUAUUGGCAAUAAACUGUAUUUAACGCCACCCCCGCCCCAUUUCCCCCAAGUCAGUCGUGUCCAUUAUAUGAGUGCGCGCUCCAGUUGUCCUUUAAAGGUCCUGUUGUGCUUUUGCUCGUGCACCUAGAAGAUCAGUUUGGCAACGUGACUGUGUGCACGCACGCUCGACUCUCCGAGGAGGUGUGUAGAGGAAAUUCAUCUCUUCCGCAAUGCUCUGCGUAGAGCAGCGCGUCGAUGAUGCGCUCGUGCUGCCUCUCUAGACGGGGUGCACUGACUGAGUGUUUGGAGAUUUCCUUUCGCGACAGCAAACUGGUGAGUCGACGGAGGGAAAAGGUGGCGCAGAAAUCCGCAGUGGAGAGGAGAUGUGAAGACACGCGCUGAAGUCGCAUACGCAAACGCGCAAACGCAGACGCGCACGCGCGCACACACACACACACACACACACAUACUCACGCGCACACAGGCACGCAGGCAGUCAGUGUUACCUGAGCCGGCCGGCUUCAUUGCCUCAUCAUUGCUGACCGGACAGGUUUCACACGCCAGGACUGAAUUCUUUUAUUAUUUUAUGGAACCCGAAGCGACUGGGGAAGUCGCGGUCAUGCUACCUCCGAAGAACUGCCUCCCGAGAAAUUACAGCUGCAUCGCAGGCUUGUUUGGGAGCCUGACCGCUAACCAGAAGAUGGACGACGGCGAGAAAACGGAUGGCGAAGAGGAAGAGGAGGAGGAGGAGAAGGAAGCCGUGACCACCGAGUGCGAGUCGUUAGAGAUGCGCGUCGUGGAUGAGAAACCUAGGGGGCGUGAAUCCCUCCCGAAGCCGCCGAUGAGUCCCGGCCUGCGCCGCCGGUGCAAAUCCUUACCGAGCUCCGCGGAGAGAGCCAAACUGGAAGUGGCGCGGAUCUGCAGCCCGGCCAGCCAGAAGAAAGUGCGCUUCGCCGACUCGCUCGGCCUGGAGCUCAUCUCCGUGCACCACUUCAACGAGACCGACGUGCCAAAAACUCCAGGCCGUGUCAUGGACAAGUUCAAAAAGGCAAGAGCGCUCCACCUGAACAACUUCGAGCACUCCAACGGAUACACGCAGUCCACCUUCGUGGAGACCCUGUUCACCAGUCCGGGCGCGCAGCCCGACUUCCCGGAGCGUCUCCAAAUCUCCAAGGUGCUUCUGGAAUCCGUUGAGACUGACGAGUUCAGCAUCUCGGGCAUCGUGCGCGUCGUAAACCUGGCGUUCGAGAAGAGCGUGACUCUGAGGUACACGCUCAACAACUGGCUAACCUUCAUGGACGUGCCCGCAUCCUACGUGCCGCACUCGAGCGACGGCGUCACCGACAAGUUCCAGUUCAAGAUCGUCACACCGGCGUUCUUCGAGAGCAGCGGCAGCCUCCAGUUCGCCGUCCGCUACCGCGUCGGGACGCACGAGUUCUGGGACAACAACGACGGCAAGAACUACAAAGUCCGACGCCACAGAUUCAAAAUCUCGCCUCCGCGCGAAUGGGAUAACGGCUGGAUCCACUUCAUUUAGAACCACUGGGUGUGAUUAUGAGUAUGAUCAUUCAGGCCUGCAUUGCAUCUGUGCAGCCUACACUGAAUCCCACGUGGGUGCACGCGUAAUUGAUGUAUUCUAAUUAAGGAUGCGCCUUUUCUUUUCCAUAUCAAAGCUCAGAGUAUCCUCUGGCACUGAUCUGAUCUGAUCUGAUUAAAUCAGCCCAUACACUUGGGCUGAAUCCAGACUGGUUCAUACUGGUCAUAUAGGCAACUAGACAGAGUGUAAGAGUCUUAGGUUUAUAACGCACCUACGCUUGAGUGCAAAAGUUUGCAUCCCCCUGUCGUUUACUUUAUCUAAAAAUCCCGUGUGUACAAUUAUUUACAAAGAUUUUUUUAUUGAAACAUUCCCGAGACUGAGACUGAAGCCGGGUGUGCACUGUGCAUGGUUUUAAGAUUAUCACGUCGUUAAGAUCCCGAUAAAACCUGGGUAGAAUUCUUAUAACACACUCUGAAUGUCAGUUUAUGCAAUCGAUCCUCUAACGUAGACCGGUACGCACGAUCUGAGCUCGUGCGUCCAGUUCGAGAUGCCAGUAGCAUAAUCUGUGGCUGUCCCAUGAGUUUUGCAUCAUCUAAUGCCGUCUGAUUAAUUUAAACCAUUUAAAUUAGACAUAGACAAUUAGACACCUCAUAGACAUAGAUGCCUCAAUCGUACAUCUUAUCGACGGCAGAAAAUGUUCAAAUAGGCUUCAGCUCUUAAGCUCAUAACUCUUAAGCUGUUUUGCUGUCAGAGUUAUGAGUCAGUGGGAAUGAGAAAAAUACCAGAAGGCCAAAGAGGUUAGCAGAAAAAAUAUCCAAACUGAACAGCAUGUGCUUUGAGAAUAAAUGACCUACGCUACACCUAUGCUAAAAGCUGACAUGCCUUAUUGUUUCCAUCAUCGUCAAGCAGGGGUAUGCAAACUUUUGCACACAAGCGUAUUUAAAGUCUAAACUCAGCCAAGGUGUUUGAUGUAUCUAAUCGACUGCUAUUCUGUUUGACCGAGUAACUUCUUCUGUGCUGACUAACUUCCUGUUUUAGAUGAAAAGCACUGUUGUUGUGAAAGGUGAUGUGGCUUUGUGGCCUUGUGAGAUGUUUUUACACUCGUUCUCUACCACGAUCCAGCGCUAGAAACGCGUGCAGAGCCUCUGUCCGUUUACGCAUGGUGGACAGAAUAUACGCCAACGCUUGUAACAUAGCCGAGUACGCUCGCUCAUACGGUCGUCCGUGAAGCCGAGGGCCGAGAAGGACGCGACGGCUGGAGGUUGGCUCGGACCGACCCGACGAGAUUUUUUUUAGUAAUAACGAGUCGAGGGAGGAAGAGGAUGUCUUCUCGUGACGCUCUGUACUCGAGGGAAGAGCCGAGACCUUUAACAUCAAGCUAGACUUUCAAAAUGACCUCGAAAACGUUUUAUCUCCCAGCGCUCGACGGCCCGUCCUGAAGUUUCCAUCUCAUCACAAGGCGAGGUAAAGGCGGGGGGGGGGGGGCGCUUUCGAGGGCGAAAUGGAAUUUGGAUAGAUUUUUCCAUCCGUUCUAAACGCGCUCGAUCGGCCAAGACGUGUUCGCCUGCCACGUUUUUGCUCUUUGACCUUUUCAACAUAAGAGCCACGAGGUUCUAAGCAAGUGCAAGCUCCAUCAAGAAGCACCCAGAGGAAUCCUGCCGAAAUCGUCACACGCUCGCCGGCCCGGUCCGAUCGCUGACCUCGAAUAAUCUCGUGCGGGUUUUAACACGGACGAUUACGUGUGGGUCGCAUAAUUGUAGCCAUUUUUAACAUGAAAUGACCGAUUUGUUUGUUUUCUAUACAUUUUAAAAGCAAAGCUGUUCGGUGAACGGACACUCGAAGCAGCGUUCUGAAUGUAAGACCGGGACGAUUUGACCAAAUGUCGUCGAGUACACGAAUCGUGUAAUGAUUUCAGCGUAGGAUUUGCAUUAGCAACAAUAAACAUCCACUCCCUGUAUAAGAUUGGCUAAAUUCGAUUUGAAAUGUUUCGUUUCUAGAAAUUUCCGUCACCUAAAACGAGUACCAAAAAGCGCCGCGUUUACGGUGCGGCUUUCAUGGCUAUAUACAAUUGAGUGCAAAAGUUUGCACCCCCUUGGAGAGGGCAAAAAAUGGGUGGGGGGGGGGGGGGGGUAAACAAGUAAAACUUGUUUUACUUGUUUAAAACAAGUUUCAAAUUACAAACCAACAAAAAAUAAAAUUUGAUCGAAAGGGACUGAAAGAAAGACGUGCAAAAGUUUUUUUUUUUUUUAUGCCGAAUGAAGUAACGUGUCACGUCUUAUAGAGUUUACGUCAUGAGCCCUGAUUGGACGGGAUUAGUUUCACUGUGUGACGUCUGUCUUAAAUCUUUUCACACGUAACGUCAGAUGUUCGUUUGUCGAUAGAAAUCGAAGUAUUGUAUGAUGUUUUGAUAUGUGUGAAGAUAAAGUAGUUUAUAUCUGUACCUAAUAUAAUAAUAUAUAUAUAUACACCCCUUCAAUCAGCUUCCAGGAUCUGAUCGAUUUUGUUUUCUGUCUCCAGUUAAUGGACUCAUGAUGCGGGCAGCAUGGAGACGCAGUUAUACGUCCCAAAGCAAGGAAGUAGUUGAGAGAUGGCUCAAGGGACUCGUGUUUUUACGAUCGAUCCGUGCGCUAGGUGACUAAACGUAGCGACUAGCAGCAGUCAAAUCGAGUUUUUCCUCAAUGGAUGAGGGAGAAAAACCACUGCCAUGGAAAUUAAAAUCACAGAGUCGCACCUGGAGGUUAUAGAAUUGCUCCCGAUUCCCAUUGUAAAUUGAAUCCCGUCCAAAUAGGGCUAUUGAUUUAUAGUGAAAAAAAACGUGACCCUUUUUUGUUACGCUUUGUUGUAUUUUUGUGCAAACGUUUGCGCUCGGGUGCAACCAUUAUAUAGAGGUAUUUAAGCAAAAAAAAAAAAAAAAAAAAAUUUCUAAACGAUCGGGAUCGUUACCCGAGGGAAAUCCGAUCCGUAAAAUCCGGAUAUUCCGUAGAAACGGCCACGCCUUGUCUCGAUGCUUUCUUCACGUGACGGGUUUACUCGCGUUCUCAAACCUAACUCAUUCCGAGCCCCGUCCGAUUUCACUCAACACGUGCGUUUAAUAGCAAACACGUUUAUACUGUGAGAACCUUUCAACCUUUCAGAACAGCUGGAGUGCCUAUUCUUUCAGGUUUAAUGUGAAGAAGAAGAAAAAAAAAAAGAAGAAGAAGAAGAAGCAGAUUUUAUUUUUAUGCAAUAGAACCAAAACGAGACGUAUGAUAAAUCAUUCCUGUCCUGGGUGUGUUUGCUUGCAGAGUGUCAUUUUGUAAAUUUCAUUUCUUGUGAAAUAUCGUCGUAUCGUGUCAAGUCGUCGAUGUUAUAAUUGUAGGGAAUGUAGCAUUUGUGCAGAUUUGGCUUUAAUCUGGUCGAGCUUCAUUCACAUUAUUUAUUUAGAAGCCUCCUCCCCCCCCUUUAAAAACUGAGCCAAGGUUGAAUUUACGUAGUCUGCUUCGUAUUUUUCACCGGAACGGUGAAAAGAAUCGGUGACCACACGAGAUUAGAUCAGAUCCGAUCUCGAUUACCCGAUCGCCGAAGUUUGACGACGAAACGCCGGGCUAAAUCAGGAAGCUUUCACGCUUCACCGCACGUCUCGGGGGGUCGUAUACACCGCGUGCACUCUUUAAAAAAAUCGAUAGCGUCUCUACAGAUUUCGCAGUCUAGCACGUUGGACUGAAAAAAAGCUUCACCUGUAUGACCGAAGAUCAUUUUUGUUGCGCAAAGUUUCAGUACCCGAUUGUCAAAGCGGAUGCCAAGCACUUGCAGGAUGUUUUUCCUUUUCGGUUAUUUAAUAAUGCAUGAAAUUCCUCCUCAGAGCCAAAGCACACUGCCUCUAAUUGAGAAACCCAAAAGAAACGAAGAGGGAGUAGAUUCGAGGGACGAUAACAACACGGACUCGCAAAAAUCCCGAGCGAUUCGCGCGACUCGAUACGACUUUAAAAGCCCGACGUUAACGCUACGGGCUCGGAGAGCUUCCGGAACGUUUUCUCACGGCUUGGUCUUGUACGAAUCCAAACGAAAUCCAGCCCUCAUCGCCCUUAUGGAAUGAUUUUGUGCCGGUAGGAAUUGAAUUCCGUUUCAAGUUGAGUAAUUAUACAAUUAGAACUUCUAGAAAGUCCUUUUUUUCGAGAUCGAGAAACUCUUCGGUGUAGGGUUCUACGCAGAACCUUUAACGCUUCCCCCAGAAGGUCAACUGAAGCCUGCCGACUUUUCUUAAAGUUCAGUGGCACAAAUAUCAUUUCACACUUCCUCGUUUGUUUCGGUUUUUUUUAACGAAAUUCUCGUCAAAGAUUUCCUCUAAACUUGAAAUCUGUUAUUCGUGCUGUAAUUUAGCACGUCGCUUAUUUUAAGAACAUCCUGCAAAAAGGCUAGCACGCACACAAUUCAUUCAGUUUAUCGCUAUUAUAUUUUUAUCAUAUUCUAUGGUUAUAUUUACGCACAGUGUACAUGUUACCCAUAAUGCACUUUUGAGAUAUCGGCUUUUACACCCGAUGUCUAUUUCUGACGUACACGCACGGUUCAAGUCCAACGGAGCUCUGUCGGUUUCCUUAUUUUCUUAUUUUUUUACUUUGUUUCGCUUUAAAGUUGAGAAGUGACUCCCGGCGGCCGUUCGAUUUCCACACGCAACAUUGCGUGAAAAGAAAACGAUAAACCGCAGUUAGCGGUAUUAACUGCGUCAUGCAGCCACCCGAUGUUUCCUAUUCAGUUUCCUCCAUUAAGGUUAACACUAAGAACUCAUCCCUUGCACUUUAAUACAUAUUUAUACACCGCUCUAUUUGCGUGCACGUCCAUUGAUCGGCGCGUUUUCCGAACCGGAAGCCAUAUUUUCUGCGAUACACCCACACACACGCAAGUGCAAUAAACCCUCAGUGCUUAAAAUGGGACUUUUUUUUUUUUACUUGCGAUGCUAUUUGUGCUAGCGAGAAUGAAAUGAAAUGCGUAGGUGAGGUUAGAGGAGUUCAGGUCAUGCUGGAAAUGGGAAAUGCACGUUUUGAAAGGUCGUGACGUGACGUGACGUGACGUGCCGCGGGGUAUUCAGUUCUGGAUUUUGGUUUUGUUAUUUUGAAAAGAGCGCUAUCGAUUGUAAAACCGCGUCUGUUUUGAUCUGAGAUGUGUGUAUUAGACUUGUGUAAAAUUGCUGCUUCUGUGUUGUUGUUUUUUUUUUGUUUGUUUGUUUGUUUUCUUUCUUUUCUGUUAUUCGUAAAGUUUAGCUAGGGAGGUCCUCCUUUACAUUUCCCAUGCCGCAAAGCGUGUCUUCCUGUUACCCUGUGGAUAAAUUAUUUUCAUGAGUAGGCUAUAAAAUAGACAGAGAAUCUAUUGAUCUACUGAGUACGUAUAUGAAUAGUGUGGAAGUGUGUGAGAUACACUAUUUAAUAGAUAACGUACGUGCGACGUUACCUCACAGAGUUCAUACGGGGUAAAAAAAAAAACGCGUUCAUUUCCCGAAGAGUCGCCUACACGACCCGUCAAAAGAUUGGACGUAUCGGAUAUGAAUAUAUUUUUCGUCGUCUUAUGACUCGUGUGGUAAAGGUUUAUGGUUGAAAUUAGUUUCUAAGACAAGUGUAAACAGUGACGAGGAAUAUAUAAAGUGUGUAAAAAGUGUGUACGUUUAUUUUUGUUUUAAAAGUGGAUUUUAGUCCAAACAAAGGGGGACGUUCCUUCACGAAGCAGGUUGAGAAGAUGCCGAGCGGGCAAAGCUACAGCCGGAACGCUGCUAGGAAUUAAAAAUAAAACUAAAACUUUCAGUUUGUUGAGGUUUUAAUUUUACGGUUUGGUAGUAAACUAUUUCUAAGCAAGUUGUACAUAGGUUUUUUUUUUAUUUUUUUAUUUAUCCAGAUGUUAAGGACGUUUGCAGGGCGGUGGGAAGCUACGAUGCUAACGCUGGAGUGUAGGUCAGAAAGGUCAUUUAUUAAUAAAUCAAGCUACACUCGUACACUUUAAUUUGGCGAUCUCUCCAGGAGUUUGCGAUCGCAGAAACGAACGCGGAAUUCGAGAGAUCUCCGUGAUAUUCCGAAGAGCUCACGAUUUUUCCAAAUGGUUUUCUGCGGAUUCGGGCCGAGACGCGUCGUGGGUACUGCUAAAGGGCUUCGUUUACCAACAAGCAUCACUGUGAAAUUUUGUGCAACUGCAAUUUCGCCAAUUCGAGUAGUUUUCCGCAGAAAGGGCAGAAAAAAUGUUGGGAAGAAUUUCUUUUUUUUUUUUUUGGCUGAAACAAUCCCAAAAAAAAGUCCUGCAUGGACUGAUUUAACCGAUGCUUAAUGUAUUACUAAAUUACAAUAAUGCUUUUAGUUUAUUACCAAACCUUACGCUAAAAUGUUGCCCGCUCGAUCGCCGCAUAAUACAACGUGUUAUACUGUUAACGUCUUCGUCGUUGUUCUAAAAGAGAAAAUCAAAUAAUUAAAAAUUGAGGUCCGAACUUUUGACGGGUAGCGUGUAUACACUGUAUUUCCUCUGUGGUGGAUUGUGUUUUAUUUUUGUACAUAAUAUAUAUCUAUACAUAUAUAAAACGUUGUGUACGAUUCAACUCGAGUCUCCAGUUGGAUGUACGUCAGUAAAAAUCGGACUCUCAGAUGAAUGUAAUAUAUUCAGGUUCUGUGCUGGACAGAUGCAAGCUGAAGAAGAACGAAUAACGUUAAGGGAUCUAUUUGUGUCUGGGCAAUGAAUGUAAAAGAUUGGCGCUUUUUUUUUUUUUUUUUUUUUUUUUUUUUCCCCCACUCACAAAUAAUGUGUGUCUUUUGAACUUUGUAAACAUCAUGUCUGAAUGUCAUUACGUCAGUACGUAACGUUAGACGUGGAACGUGAUUUUUUGGGGGGAUUUUCGGGCGGCCGUGCACUAGAUUUAGUGACGCGCACGCGUGUCACGUGACCUGCUGACGGCCAAUGACGUUCAGACUGUAUGUCAUGAUCGUCGUACGACGGGCAUGAACGAGUGUCUUUGUACGUUGAAUAGCCGUAUAGAUGAAACACAGCCAUACGCCACUGAAACGUGCUAGAAUAUUUUUUCAUUCCUGGCACUUUAUUUAAAAUUCUGAGAUAUAUAUAUAUAUAUACAGACUAAUAUAUAACGUUUUAGCGCAGAAGCUUUUAAAAUAAUAAUAAUAAUAAUAAUAAUGUAAAAGCAUCUUUAGAUUCUGUUCUUCGGUAUUGAUCUAUGCAAACCUGUCUUUCCAUUCUGUGUCUGUGUACCAAGGUGUUGCUCGUUUUCUUUUAAACCGAUCCAGUAAAAAUGAUGUAUUCUCGCUGUUCAGCAUCCCUAACAGCGUUUUUGUUUUAAUUUAUUUUUUUGUAUGGUGAGUUUGUAUUGUGGUUUAUAUUUUAUUAACCGAUUACAUUAAAAGCAUUUGAGGUGAGAAGAUCAUA